GUGUGUGUGUGUGAGAGUGGGUGAGGCAGAGAGUGGUCUCUUUAGCUAAACACAACACACACACAGACAGCUCAGGCAUUUCACCUCAUCCCUGGAAAUCAAUCACAUCAGCUCUGAGCAAGGAGGAUAGAGGCAGGCAAAGGCACCCUGGCUUGUAGGGGUUAUUAAAGGGGAUUGAAUGCAUUCAGCGUGUGCAGGAAAACAGACCAGAGACCAGGACAGGACCUUGUUCGGACCAGCUGGGACUCAGUCGCCAAAGAUGAAGGCUGCGGAAGUUGAGGACCAAACAUUGUUUACAGAUACCUACUGCAAAAUCUGCAAUGCGCAGUUAAUUUCUGAAUCUCAAAGGGUUGCACAUUACGAGAGCAAAAAACACGCCAACAAAGUUCGACUUUACUACAUGCUUCACCCGGAGGAUGGAGGACCUCCUUCAAAAAAGCUACGUCCUGAUGACCCGGAAAGCGAUGAGACUGAAGUGGAUAAAAAUAAAUGCUGUACCCUUUGCAACAUGUUCUUCACAUCUGCUAUAGUCGCUGAAUCUCAUUACCAAGGCAAAACUCACGCUAAAAGAGUGAAGCUUGUGCUUGGGGAGUCUCUGAACACACCGGCUCAGACAGAACCUGUUCUGGAGACCCCAGAUGAACCAGACCUAACGCUCCAGGAAGAAGAUACUCUCUGGAGCAUAAAUAUUGGAAAUGAGUCUAAAAAAUUUUGUGACCUCUGCCGAGCGUGGUUUAAUAACCCAUUAAUGGCACAGCAGCACUAUGAAGGGAAAAAGCACAAAAAGAAUGCGGCAAGGGCUAAACUUUUACAAAGGCUUGGUGAAACCCUGGACUCCGAAGCAUUGGAAGCUCUGCGAAGUAGCUACUCAUGUAACACUUGCAACAUGGUCCUAAAUUCAGUUGAGCAGUAUCAUGCCCACCUUAAAGGUGCUCGCCAUCAGAACAAUGCCAAUAACAGUACAGAAGGAGCCAAGUCUUACGAGCCAAGUAUUCUACCGAAUUCUGCUGAUGCUCAGAUGCAACGAAGGAGCAACUUUUACACAAAAAAUAACACACAAGAGAGAAUGACAAAGGAUGCAGGAAAGGACAAUGACAGCGGAAGGAGCUCCCUCAGUCCACCGCAGAUGACAGAGUGUUCACCAGAAAGCACUUUCUUUUCCAUGAUGGUCGAAGAAGAAGCCACAUUUUGUGCUGACUCGUGCUGACUUGUCAGCUUUUCUGCGUAACACUCAGACUUGUUUUUAUUAAGUACAGCACAAGAAAGGGCUUAUAUUUUUUAAGAUAUCACUUGGAAAUACUGGAAAAAAAAUGAGCAUGGAAUCAUCUUGAAAUAUACAAUUUGAUUUUCGGUUUCCAUUGAAGAGAAACAUCUCUCGUGACUACAACAUGAUCUUUGUGUUUGAAGGAUUCUAUUGGAUUAUGUGGCUCCAAAAAAUAUUCAUCUUCAAAUGAAAAAAUGGGACAUUGAAUAG